CGGCUUGUCCAGUUGUUAUAUAUAGCUCUCUGCUCUGCACCACCGCGUCGCCCUCGUCUGUCUUUUAUCUUCCCUCUCGACGUGUCACGGGAGGCGCAUGGCGGCGAUGUGGAGCGGCAAGAGUUGGACGGACGAGGGGGCCAAGAGGCGGAGGACGACGCUGGCCUGUGGCGGCGGGGCGUUCGACGAGCUCCACGACGAGCUGGUCGUGUCCAUCCUCGCGGACGUCGCGGCCACCGCUAACUCGCCGGCCGACCUCGCCGCCGCCACGCUCACGUGCAAGAGGUUCCGGGAACUCGGGCAGCACAAGCUGGUGCUCGCGCGGGCGUCGCCGCGCUGCGUCGCCGUGCGCGCCAAGGGCUGGUCCGACGACGCGCACAGGUUCCUCCUCCGCUGCUCCGACGCCGGCAACACCGACGCCUCCUACCUCCUUGGCAUGAUCCUCUACUAUUGUGCGGGGAACCGCCCCGCAGGAUCGGAGCUGCUGGCGCAGGCGGCGCUCCGCGGCCACGCGGAGGCGCUCUACUCGAUGGCCAUCAUCCAGUUCAACGGCAGCGGAGGCUCCAAGGACAGCCGCAACCUGCUCGUCGCUGCCCACCUCUGCGCGCACGCCGCCGGGCGCGGCCACACCGACGCGCUUCGCGAGCUCGGCCACUGCGUCUCGGACGGCUACGGCGUCCGCAAGUCCGUGUCCGCCGGCCGCCGCCUCCUCGUCCAGGCCAACUUCAACGAGAUGUGCGCCGCCCUGAGAGCUGGGGCCGGGCAGGGCGUGCAGCGCCCGUCGCACGAAUGCCUGCUCAGCGACUUCGGCUGCCACCACGUCGCCGCCGGGCGCGCGCGCGCGGCGAACGGCGCCAACGAGUUCCUGGCCGAGUGGUUCGCGACGCGGCCGGCGGCAGUGGCCGAGGCCGCUGCCGGGGCCGGGCUGCGCCUGUGCUCGCAGCCGGCGUGCGGGCGGCCGGAGACGAGGAAGAACGAGUUCCGGCGGUGCUCUGCGUGCGGCGUUGUCGUCUACUGCUCCCGCGCGUGCCAGGCGCUGCACUGGAGGGCAGGCCACAGGACGGAGUGCGCCAACGCCAACGCGGCCGGGAAUGCCAAUGCCAACGUCCAAGCCGGCGCGGCUGCCGGUGGUUCCAACGCAAAUGCCGCUGCUUCUGGUUCCGGCAAUGUGGAUGCGGCGGCCGCCGUCUGACAACUGACAACCGUGGCCACCGGCUCUGGCUCGUGGGCUCGUGGGCUCGUGGCUCAACUGUUGUUUAGGGCUGCCGCUGCUGAUUAGUCUGUUGGUCUUAUCGUUCUUAGUUUCUCGUUCCUCUUUGUUGUCAUCUUUUGAUCCUGGACCGCUUGUUCUUGUUGGAGUAUGCUGGAGACCUGGAGUAAGUUUUCCUUUUCUAGGUUCAGAUUAAGAACCCGUAAUUUGUGAGUUCUCCAUUUUUGACGUGACGGGUUGCGGUUAACGCACCACACGUGGAGUACAUGAGUCAGGCUAGUGGACAGAAUUUCAAAACCAAUAAAUUUCCAUGUCUAA